AUGGAGUCAUCAGAGGAUGACGAUCACUUCACUAUUAAGAAGCGACUUCAGUUGCAACUGGAGCAACAACAACAGAAGCUGCGAAAGAAGUUUAUGAGCUUGGAACAGCGGCACCGACGAAAGAAGGAUAAGCAUAGAAUCAAUAGCUCGGGUGAUAGCGAUAUCAACAACAACGGCAACAACAACAACAACAAUAUCAAUAACAACAAUAGAAAUGAUAAUAUACGAGAACAACAACCACCAUCACCGUCAAUACAACCACAGGAUCAGACGAUUGAAGCACUGUACGAUCACAUUGAAUCACUUCAUCUUCAAGACUUUGAGUAUGAGUAUGACUAUGAGUACGAAUACGAUUCGGACGACGACUCGGACGACGACUCGGACGACAGUUACGACGAAGACUCGACCAUAAGCAACCCAAGCUACAACGAUAGCAACAUCAGUACGGCCACCGCCGACAACUUCACGUUUGCAAGAGUGUCCCGUCUGGACGCUUCAAACCUCACAUCUUUCACCGACUCUGCCAUCAACCAUUCAAACGACGACAUUGGCAGCAGCAGCAAUCUAAGCGGCAGCAAUGGCAUCAGCAACAGCACAACAUCCACAUCAAACACUGCACUGGGCGGGUCUGCCGUCAACAAUCUAAAGUAUCAGAGUCCUCGCCAGAGACUAUCACAUAGUCUCAGCAAGAAUGUAAAUAGCAUGAAGGCAUCCCUUCACUCUUUCACUCCUCCCCUCCUCAAGAAGCCGAGGAAGAGGUCUAACUCCACAAUGGUGGAGGAUCACUUGUAUAAGAAGACUUACUUCGCAAGAGAAGAGCUUCACAGUCUGUACAAUCUAUUCAAGAAGGAGGAGAUUAGUCUUCAUGACUUCUCAGAGUUCUUGAUAUAUCAAGGAAUAUGGUUCCUUUGCAAUCUGCCUCAGGCCGUUGAUAUCCUGUCAGAGGUGUUGGUAGUCAGUGACAGGGUAUCAUUCGAUCUGCUCUCAAGAUCAUCAUCAAUGUCAUCAUGUGUCACUGAUAGCUCCAAGAAGAGUGUCAAGCCUCCUCCAACUGCACCUUCAUCUUCACAAUAUCUACAAGUACCUAAUACCUCACCAUCCUCCGAGAUACAACAAGCACCAUCAGCAUCAUCCUCAACAACAACAGCAUCACCAACUGAUCAACCACAGAUUGAAUCAGAUCAUGAUCUACCUCAAGAUCAACAACAACAACAACAUGAUAAGAACACAGAUAAUGAUACAGCUAGUCAGGCACACAGCGAGGAUGUUGAGCUGUUCAGGAGGAAGCUGACCAUCAUCAAGGAGUCAAAGAUUUACAGUGGCAAGACGUUGGAGGACAAGGAGUUUGAGUGUCUCAAUCGAUCACCAUUGGUCAACCGAUGGAGAACAGUCAUUGAUCGUCUGGUGCGACUCAUGUUCAACUACAUCACCAAGGCCUACUCCUUGGGACCCACACAGAACCCAACCAUCUCCCACAUCAUCGACCUUAUCUCUGUAAUGACCAGAGGUACCAUCAAGGAAAGGUCUGAGCUUGUGUUCAGACUUUGCAAAAAGAAGACUGAGGAUGUAAUAUACAAGUCAGAGCUCAGGGACUUGGUCAGAAUCAUUGAUUCAUUGGCUAUACUCCAUGAGUUUGGUUAUGGUAACAUUGGUACACCUGAUGAGAUUGUGAACACCAUCUUCAAAGAGUCGAGUAGCAAUGUCAAUUCAAUCCAGAGGAAUGGACACCUGAAGCACAGCGAUCCCCACAAGGAGACCAAUCCAUCAAUGCUCCUGGACUCAUUCCUCAGACGUGCCAAUCGCAAUCCAGACCUACCACGUUGCUUUGGUCUCUUUGAUCUCAUCUACGUCUGUUUCGUCAAGCCCAUCGAAGAUCUACACACCAACACAUCACACAAGUCAUGCGCGGGAUACUUGUACAAGGUGAAGCGUGCUGGCUUCUUGAAGUACGCCUACUCAUUGCGUUACUUUGAGUGUCGCAAUGGCUUCCUGGUGUCCUACAAGAGACUUUCAAGCAAACCAUUGAAUGUGAUAUGUCUGUUCAAUACCAGUGUCAAGGUGCUGCCAAAGGAGCACCCCAACCAUCACAACUACCCAUCGAUCAUCAAGAAGGUGCUGCGAUCCAACCCCAAGGAGAUCCAGGAGAGCAAGGAUGCCUCGGACUUUGUCCUGCGCACAUUCGACAAGGAGUACACAUUCAUCGCGCUGUCCACGUCCAAGGCGUCGAUGUUUGUCAACACGAUCCGAUCCAACUCCAAGGGAUCAUACCGUUAUCAAUCGUACGCCUGUCAGCGUGACGACAUCCAGGUCAACUACUACAUCAAUGGUGCCGACUACUUUGAGCGCGUGUACCAUGCAAUCAAGAACGCACGCAAUGAGAUCUACAUUGCUGGCUGGUGCAUCUCGCCUGGCCUGUCAUUGAUCCGCGACCCUACAAUGUCCGACCACGACAACUACCAGCUGGAUAAGCUUCUGUGCAAGAAGGCCGUGGAGGGUGUCAAGAUCUACAUCCUGAUCUGGGACGAGACGAUCAUUGCAAUGGACCUGGGCAGCCGCUUUGUCAAGUCGCUGUUUGAGAAGCUGCAUCGCAGGAACAUCAAGGUGAUCAGACAUCCACAGUUUGUGCCGCUGUCCUGGUCGCAUCACCAGAAGAUCGUUGUGAUCGAUCACAUGUUGGCCUACAUUGGCGGCCUGGACCUUUGCUACGGUCGCUACGACACGCAUCACUUCCCCCUGAGCGAUGUUGAGGAGAAGACAUUCCAUGGACCCGACUACAUCAACACCAGUGUGAUCAAGCCCAAGUCUGGCGAGCGCAUAUGUUUGGUGGACCGAAAGUUCCAUCCGAGGAUACCCUGGCACGAUGUGUCCAUCUCUGUCAAUGGCAAUGCUGCGCGAGACAUUGCCACCAACUUUAUUCAGCGUUGGAAUCACGCCAAGAACUCCAACAGGGACUACAAGAAGUACCCGUAUCUUGUGCCGACGCUGGAGCCCGUGCCGCCAACAAAUGGCACGUCCAAGGUGCAGAUCGUGCGUUCAGUCAGCGACUGGUCGGCGGGCCAGUCGCUGGAGAACUCUAUCUACAAGGCCUACGUCAACAUCAUCAACAUGUCGCAGCACUUUAUCUACAUCCAGAACCAGUUCUUUGUCUCGUCCGUCGGCACCACCGUGCCCAACAACCAAGUAUCCUUCGCCAUCCUCAAGAGGAUUGAGAAGGCCAUCCUGUCAAACGAGACAUUCAGAGUGAUUGUACUACUACCUGUACAUUGUGAAGGUGAUCUCUACACUCUUGAUACUCAGAUGAUUGUCAAGUGGACUCACAAGUCAAUUCAAGGCAUCAAGUUAGAGUUGCAAUCAAAGUACCCCGGUGUCGACAUCGAUCAGUACUUGUCGUUCAACUCGCUCCGAUCAUGGUGCGUCACCAACGACGUCAUAUUCACCGAGCAGAUAUAUGUGCAUUCAAAGUUGAUGAUUGUCGAUGAUAGGAUCUCGAUCAUUGGCUCAGCAAACAUCAACGAUCGCUCAAUGGACGGCUCCCGCGACUCUGAGAUCUGUGCCGUCAUCGAGGACACUGAGAUGGUGGAGUCGCACAUGAACGGUCAGCCCUACAUGGCCGGCGCCUUUGCCAGGAAGCUGCGCGUGCAACUGUGGGAGAACCAUCUGGGUCUGACGCUCCAGCCCGACGCCACGGUCAGCGCAGCGAUCCUCGAUCCAAUCGUCCACUCCACUUACAAUGGCGUUUGGAGAGAGAUCACCAAGCGCAACACGCUCGUCUACAAGCACACCUUUGGCACCUAUAUCCCAGACAACUGCCGCAAGAUCUCACAGUACAAGCGAGAUGGACGUCUUCCAGCCUCCAUUCUCGAGAACACCCAACUGCACAGCAUCCGAGGCUACCUCAUCGAGUUCCCCAUGGGCAUGUUUGUCGAGGAUGGUGAGCCAUCCUCUGUCUACUCUGACAUCAUCACUGGUAUGAAGCUGAUCCUCUAG